UUGUGCAUAAAUCAGAGGGAAAAAUGCAUGAAUAAGUUUUUCCCAGUCGGCUAAAUAUUGUCAAGUUGAAUGUAUGGUGUAAAAUCAUUUGUCAUUCUGUUUGAAUUAUAUAAAGUGGAUUUAAUCUUUGAACAUUUCAGCAAAUACAGUAGUAGGACAUAAUGAAGAAGAAAGGAAUGUGACAUUAGUGUUUAAAAGUGUAAUAUUGAGUGUAGUGUGUUUUGGACAUUUCACAAUGACAAUUUAAUGUCAUCAUACUGUGCAGAGUAUAGAUAACAACAACAACAACAAUAAACAGAAUGAGUCGACAGAGCCCGGGCAUCAGCCCAGCAAGUUCAAUGAGCUCCUUGUCGGGUAGCCUGACUCCAAGGGACAGUACUGGCCCACUGUCCCCGACGAUUCAGGGUGCCCAGGGAGGGAAGAAAGGUGGUGUAGGAAUACAGAUGCAGAUUCAACAGCUGCAAGAUGAACAAGAAAGAGUACAGAAAAAGACAUUUACAAAUUGGAUGAACACAUAUCUAAAACAGAAAAAUCCUCCUUUAAAAGUUGAGAAUCUGUUUGAAGACAUAAAAGAUGGCGUGGUAUUACUAUCACUUCUUGAGGUCCUUUCCGGAGAAAAACUUCCAAUGGAACGAGGGAAGUUGAAGCGAGUCCACUAUGUCAGUAACUUGUCAACAGCCUUGAAAUUCUUAGAAAGUAAAAAGAUCAAACUUGUAAACAUCAAUGUAUCAGACAUUGCAGACGGCAAAGCUUCCAUUGUUCUAGGUCUGAUAUGGACCAUCAUCCUCUAUUUCCAGAUCCAGACUCUUCCCGAGUACUUUGAUAGUUUGAAUCGAGUUUUAAUGAUUGAGGAGACAAUGGUUGCACAAUCAUCACAGAAUGUUGAGGGUGAACAGAGGCCCCUGUCUGCCCUCGACAAAUUCCGUAUGAAUGCCAAGAAGGCCCUUCUAGCCUGGACAGAAAAUGCUAUCACAAAACGUUAUGGUAUUGAAAUUAGAGAUUUUGGAAAGAGUUGGCGAGACGGUUUAGCAUUUAAUGCUAUUGUACAUACAAUUAGACCUGAUCUAGUGGACAUGGAUAGUGUAAGGAAACAAAGUGCACGAGUUAACCUUGAGAAUGCUUUCUCUACAGCUGAGAAUCACCUUGGCAUUGCACGACUUAUUGACCCAGAAGAUGUUGAUGUAGCAAAACCUGACGAGAAAUCCAUUAUGACAUAUGUUGCUCAAUUUUUGAAAGCAUAUCCAGAAGCUGGGGAAGAUCCUGCUUUACGAAAGAAGAUAAAGACACCUGCAGAGCAGGAGAUGGCAGAUUUUCAAGACUUGAUGACAUGGUGUACAACAGAGGCUGACGAAGUGUUACAAAUAGUUGAACAGCCGGUCACAGAUAGACAACAAGAAUAUAUGGACUACUUAGCUUUUAAAGCUGAAGUUGAUAGAAGAGGAACUAUUUAUAAAAAACUGGAAGAAAAAGUGAAAUCAGGAAAAGCUGUGAGAAUUACACCAGACCAAUUUGCACCCCUUGAAGAGGUUUGGCGGAAGGUAGUUCGGCAAACAAGACUUUGGUUAUGGAAACUUGAUUCAAGUUUACCAGGAAAACUUGGUAAAUUCGGUGACUGGUUGAACCAAGCUGAGGAAAUUCUUGAACAGGAGGAAGAAUUGCUGGAAAACCCUGAAGAAAUGGCAGCCCAGCUGGGAACUAUUUUACAGGAACAUAAGAGAUUUUUCAAAGACUUGGAGCCACAAAAAACAUUUUUCAUGCAAGUGAAGCGUGCUGGACGAUACGAGGGAGAAUUCAUCCCGCCACCACAACUAGAGAACCUACAUCAGAGAAUACAGGUUGUAGCAACCAUGGCACCAAAACGUGAAAGACGUCUGGAAUAUGAAGAAAUGAAAUAUCAACUCCUCGCAUAUCUUGUUGCAUCAGAAAACAAAUUGAAAAUUUGGACAGUCAAAUAUGGCCGACAAGAAAGUGUUGAGGAACUACUGGCUGAUUAUAAAGAUUUUGUACAGACUGGAAACUUAUUCAAGAAUUAUGACAGAACAUAUGAAACUUGUAAGAAAAAUGCUGAUGCAUAUAGAAAAGCAAAGAUAGACAAAGAAGAAGUAGAAAGAAUAUCAAAUUACUUUGAUGAAGUUAAUGGGAGGUGGAAGAAAGUGUCAGUUGAGAUUAAAAGUGUACAGUCAAUGUUAGAGGAGGUUAUAGAUUGCUGGAGGAAGUACAAUGCCUGUGUUGAUGUGUUGACAGUCUGGUUAAACGAUGGAGAGAGAGUCAUGUCCAGAUCUGCCGAGGAAAAACAGCAAUUUUUCUCAGACCUAGCUGAGUUUGAAGAGAAACACAAAAUCCUGAAUGAGUCUGGCAACUUUCUUAUUGAAACAACAGAGGAACCAGUUGCCGUGGAGAUAAAACAAACAUUACUGAUGAUCAACCGGAGAUUUAAAGACCUUGUUGACCAGUUCCAACAUUUCAAGCAGGUAGAGGUUGUUGGUAAGGCAAGGAAAGAAUACAAUGAUGGUCUUCUAAGGUUAACUCAGUGGCUGAGAGAAGCUGAGGAACUUGUUGCGAGAGAGGUCCCAUGUAAACAUGCGGUGCUGAAAGACUAUCUCAAUGAAAUUGAUACAUAUGGUGCUCAAAUACCCUCGAUAGAAAAUGACUUCAAAGUAACAACAAAAACAGCUCAAUCUCUGGUGAAAGAGAGCUCACAAGAUGUGGUCACAGAAAUGUUACAGUCGCUCAAUAUUCAAAAAGAGGUGCUAGUAAGACUUCGCAAAGAAAUUCCUGACCGAGUGAAACACAUAAAAGCAGUGUUACCAAAUAUAGAAUCUCUAGAGACAGGCCUUAUAGAUCUGAAUAACUGGUUGGACAAUGGAGAAGCCUUAUUACAGGCUCAUAAAUUAGAUGGUACCCAGGAGGAAACAGAACAGAGGCUGGAAAAACACAAGGCCUUCUUCUCUGAGAUUACAUACCAGAAAUCUAUAGUAGAAAGUAAAAACAAGGUGUACCAGAAGGUGAACACUUCAAAACCUAAAUUAAAGAAUGUAGAUUUUUCUGUGAUAGACCAACCUGUUGAGGAGAUGAACCAAAGAUUCCAGAUGUGUGUAACAAAAGCUAAAGACUGGGAAAAGAAGUUGGAUAAUUUAUCUCGUCUUUGGCGAGUUUUACAUCAAAAGCAGCAUACCCUUGAAGGGUGGCUUGAUCAGGCGCAGGCCGUCCUGGAAGACACCGAAGAUGACUAUGAGAGUAUUAUACGUAAACAUAAGGGUUUCUUUGGGCGUGCGGAUGAUCGCAUGUUGCAGGAAUAUCUGCAUGCAUGUCAGGAUAUUCUAGUCGUUCUUGAGGAAGAAGAUCGACCUGCUCUAACUGAAUCAAUGGAAAAUAUUCAACAACGUUGGGAGCAAAUACAAACUAUCGCCCCUAUCAAGCUUGUGAAACUAGAGUUUGCUGUACAAGAAGAAAAAUUCCUCAAUCUAGUCGAGAAUGCUGAGAAGACAAUAAAUCAACAACGACAAAAACUUCAACGACGGGAAAAUGUCAAGGAAACAUUACAGAAACAUAAGCAAAUGUUCCAUCAAGGAGACUUCCAGAAGACAUGUUUGAAGUGCCUUGAGAGUAUGGAUAACCUAUCUAAAGAUUUGAUACGACAUGACGGCAGGGACAACACAUUAAGAGACCAGUAUGAUAUACAUAUAGAACGAUGGAACAAGCUCAAGGAAGCCAUGGAUGCUACGUUAUUAUCCCUGAAACAGUUACCAGAGAGGUGGAAGGAAUACAAUACAAAACUUGGAGAGUUUGUUGGGUUCCUGGAACAAAUAGAGGACCUCCAGAAAAAGUUACAAAAGGAAGAUCUCACAAGUGAGGAAUAUAAGGAUCUUCAAGCUCAAUUCCAGAGAGCUAUGAAAAAUAUGAAUAAAGCUGGCGAAGAUGCCAAAUGGUUAAAGAGUAACCUGGAAGAGCUUCUAGCAGACUCAGAUGAUACAGAUGCUCGACGUGAACGUGGUAAACUUGAUGACAUGGUAGCGAGAUUCAAUAACUUACUACCCAACAUGGAAAAAACCAAUGAUAAGUCAGCACUCUUUUCCAAGGCGUAUGAUUUCCGUGAUGGUAUGGACAAGAGGUCAAGCUGGCUUGACGACGCUCAGAGACAAGUUUUAGAACAACCUUGUAUUGACGGACUUGAAGAUGCUCGUACAUAUCUUCAUGAACAUGAGAGUUUAAUGGGCAGACUAGAUGCUGAGAGAGCAUCAAUUAUGGCUGACAUUGAGGCCGGAAAAAGGCUUCAGAAAGAACGUAAUGCUCCAUCAUUCAUUGCUAAAAAUAUCCAGGAUCUUGAACGUAAACUCAAAGAUACAAAUGAAUUAGCUAAAGCUAAACAUACUAAGUUGAAGAAAACUGUUGGUGACUGGGAGAAAUAUGAGAAUGAGAAGACAGAUUUGGUUCAGUACCUGAAGAAAGCUGAAGCUGAACUUGAGAAACCACCAUCAACUACAGGACAAGAUCUAGCCAAGAAAGAUUACUCAACCAAAAAAGAGCUGCAGCAGACAUUAAAUAAACUGAAAGGUAGUUUGAAUGAAGUCCAGAAAUUAAAUGCCAUACUCUGUGAGGGUGCAAGUAGAGAGAGACGAGGCCCUCUCAAGGGGGAGAUGACAGAUAUAGAUAAGAGGCUGGAUAACGUGUCUGUCCGUCUCAAUGCCAAACUGGCAGAUCUUGAAGCCACAAUAGCUAAAUGGACUGAAUAUUACAAACGUCUUACCCACUUCUGUGAUUGGUUAAAUGAAAAGGAGGAGAAACUCAAUUAUGUGUAUGAAAAUAAAACAAGCACACCAGAAGAUCAGCUUGAACAAGCCAAGGAAAUAUCUACUGAAGUAUAUGAGAACCACAUCACAUUGGAAAACCUUGAAAAAGAUGCUAGAGGCUUGUCACAGAACUUUAGAUCUCGUGAAACUGCUGCUCUCAAAUCAAAAUUGGCAACAGUAAGACGUCAGUGGGAGAGUCUGUGUGCACGAGCCAAGGACCGCAGCUCUGCCCUGUCUGGUAGUGUUGCACAUUGGCAGAUGUAUCAAAACCUGGCACAGGAUUUGAUGCCAUGGAUUUUAAAAGCUGAGAAAUAUUGUGCCACAGAACUUCCUAAAUGUGCCAGUAUGGAGGAAGCAAAACAACUCUAUGACCUUCAUCAGUCAUUUUUACACGAGUGUGAAGCUAAUCUACCAAUAUUUGAGAAGAUGACCACAGAGGCUGGCUAUAUUCUUGACCAACCAAACAUGCAGAAAGAGUUGGAGACCCUGCAGCGACGUUGGACUGAUGUGAUCUCGGCAUCUGAGGAGCGGAGUCACAGGGUAGAUAAGAUGCAGGGAGCCUGGGUAGCUUACAACCAGGAAGCUAGCAAUAUUGAAGAGAUUCUUGAGAAGUUUGAACAUCGUCUAGCCCAGGAACCAAACAUCAAUUCAACAGAUCCUCAUGUACUAGAGCAUGAAUUGGCUCUUUGCAAGACUUUGCAAGAAGAGGUGAGAAGCCAGCAGCCCCACUUGAACGCCUUACACCGUCAGUUUGAGCAGGUCAAACAACAUGCUACACCAGAGGGAAUACGUGACCUGAAAGACAGACAGGACAGUGUGAAGGCAAAGUGGGACAAGGUUACAGCAGAUACUACUGAGAGACAGAACAUGCUCAAUGGAGCUCUCAGACAUAGGCAAAACUUCUUUAGUAAACUUGGAGAAUUUGAAAAAUGGACCAAGAAAACUCAAAGGAAGUUAGACACUGGAAGUGAAAUAUAUUCUGACGAAGUUGGUGAAACUAUGCAGAAACUGAAAGCUCUUAAACGUGAAUAUGAUGAAAAUGAACCAGAAUUUAAUGCUUUAAGGGAAGAGUUUAAGGAACUUAUUGCUAACUGUAAUGAUGAUGAGGCAGCUAUUUUGAGAGACAGAUUUGACAGAGUUAGCAGUGGUUAUUUCAAAAUAGAAGAUCUAUUGAAAAAUCGGGAAGAAUUGUGUGAGAAAUGGGAUGAGUACCAAGCUUCCCACAAAGAUACUCAAUCUAAACUUAAAACACUCCAGAAUAAGUUAGCUUCUCCAAAUAUAAAAGAGGAGGAAGUUGCAAAGAUAAAUGCUGAAGUUAAAGCUCUCAGAGAUGACAUGGGACAAUGGAUGGAUGAAGCUGAUGCACUAGAUGAACUUAUGGCAACUUCACAGUUAACUAUAAAAGAUCGUGCCACUCAAAGAACUUUACACUUUGGUUCAGAAUUACAAGCACUUGACUCAAUGUGUGACUCAGUAUUAUUUAACUCAAAACAAAAACAGGAACAUCUUGGUGAACUUGCUCAGUUGUGGGCAGAAUUUGAAUCUAAGCAAGCUGAACUUGUAGAUAAACUAGGUGAUGUUGGUGAGAGAAUUGGAACAGCUGCUGUAAAUCAAUCUAGUCUACAAGGUGUGAAAGAUCUUGUCAGAGAAAUUGAAGACAUAAGAGAUGACGUAUUUGCUACAAACCCAGAAUAUGAACAGCUGAGAGAACUUGGUCGUCAAAUAAUGCAGGCUGAUCCUAGCAAAAGUUCUGCUGUACAAGUGGUGUCCAAGGUGAACGAGUCCUGGGAUGGUGUUCAAGCAUUGCUCGGUGAUAAACUUCAGUAUUACUCAUCAGUGGCAAAUGCCUGGCAACAGUACAAUGAUCUCAAACAAGGUGUUGUACGAACACUGGAUGAUGUUGCCCCCCUCGUUGAGUCUGAUAUUGCCUUCUCCACACAACCUGAAGUCAAGAAAGCUCUUGAUCAACAUAAGAAUGCCGAGUUCGAGCUUCAUGCUAACCAGUCACAACUGGAUCAAAUGAACACAAGAGGACUUCAGUUACUUGAGGAACUGAAACAUGUACCCAGCUUUGACAUUUCUGUCCUUGAACAAGAUCUGGAUGGUACCAAUCAUCAGUGGGAAACAUCAAAUGCUGCCAUUGAUGAACACAAACAAAACCUGGAGGCUCAGCUUAUAUGCUGGGACCAGGUACAGUCUGGGAAAGAGGAAUUACAAUCAUGGGUUAACACCAUGGUAACCAAACUAGAUGACAGUCUCAAAAACUUUGAUGAUGCUGUCAGUGUUGAGGCCUGUCUUGUAAAAUUCAAGGAAGAGGCUCCAUACUUCCAAGAAGUUUUAAAUGAAAUGUCCCAGAAAAUUGAAGAUCUCAAAGCUAUGAAUCGUGAUGAAGACAUUCCACAGCUUGUUGCUGAGCAACAAGAAAUUCAGGAACAAUUUGAUAAAGCUACAAAGCUAGCCAACCAGCUCGAAGGUGUGAUGGCUAACUUUACUGAUGAACGAGAAAACUUACAGAAAGAAAUUGAAGCGGAGUCAGAAUGGUUGAAUGAGAUGAAAGAUAAGUUAGGGAAAUGUGAUGAUGUUUCUGGAACUGAUGAUGAUAUUAUCAGAAGACUGGAAAAUUGCAAGGCCCUUGAAGCUGAAAUGGCUGAGCAUAAGAAGAGAGUAGCUGCCUUAAUGGAUAAAGCUGAAGUCAUGCAAGCUAAAUUCCCAUCAGCUGAGACCUCCAAUCUUGCCAAGGAUGCUGCAGUACUGAAGAAGAAGUUUGAGUCUGUGAUGACACGUGGUGAGAAGGUUGAAGACAUGUUGCUAGGAACUCUAGAACAACACUGUAAUGAUGCUCAACAACAACAACAGAGAUGGUUGAAUGCUGCCCUUGAGAAGGUAGCAUGGUGUGGAGAUAUUGCUGGAGAUAGAUACAGUGUGGAAGCCAAACUUGCUACCAUUAAGGAUCUUAUAAAUGGUGCUCAAGAGGGAGAACAAAAGAAGAAUAUAGCAGCAGACAAACUGGAGGCACUGAAAGCAGUGUUACCUAAACAGAAACAAGCUGAGCUGGAUCGUCAGAAGAAACAGGCUGAAGCUGACUGGCAACAACUUGUUAAAGCUAUGCAAGAAACAGAACAUAAACUAGAAUCUUCUAUUUAUGCAUUACAGACAUGCUCUAGCCUCCAAGGAGGUAAUAGCAACAUCAAGGCCCCCUUUGAGGACGCCACAGGGUCAGGUAUUAAGGCGGAACUGGUGUUGGCCAAACAGCUUCAAUAUGCUGGACAACUCCAGACUAGAUACCAAGACACUUGGCUGACUCCGUUCAGGUUUGGUAUUAAUCAAGCUCCUAAAAGAUACUUAGACUUCUUUGUUGAGCAAGUUGAGCGCUGUGAACAGAACAUUGAAGAUCAUGUAGCCUACAAUGAAAAGCAUAAAGAAGGCACAGACUGGAUCGAAGCCCAGCAACAGAAACUUGUUGAAUGUUCAGAUAUGCCAAGUGAUAAUGAGGCUCUGGAAGAUAAACUUGAAACAAUACAAGCCCUCACAGCUGCUAAUGAUGACGGUCAAGCAUUGUUUAGUGCUGCUCUUGAAUCUGGUGAAAGACUUUAUCCAAAUACGUCAAACGAAGGUCGUGAAGGUAUCAGACGGGAGUUACGCUCGCUACGUGACCAGUGGGAGAACUAUAAUGAUACUUUACAUGAGACACAGAGAAACCUCAACAGCUGUAAGAUGCAGUGGUCAUCAUUUGAUGAGAACUUUGAGCAGUUAGAGAAGUGGGUUAGUGAAUCUACAGAACUGCUAAAAGAAGAGGCAGAACCUAAAAAUACACUACAGGAGAAAAAGGCUGCUCUACAACAUUAUAGGACAAAAUGUCAGGAUAUUCUGUCUCAUCAGAGUAUGAUUGACAGUAUUGGUGAUAAAGGCAGUGCUCUAGCCUCCACCAAGGCCAAAGGUAAAAUAAACAACCUCAACGCCAAGUACAAGGCCCUCUGUGAGGAUGCCAAGGCUCAGGUAAAGAAGGCUGAGAAUGAGGUUGACCAACACCAAAAACUACAAGAUAUGCACCAACAGUGCCAGGACUGGAUGGCAGCUACCAAAGACAAGCUGGCUGUAUGUGCCGAGGCUAGUGGUGAUAAACAAGCUCUACAGAAUAGACUUGACAAAGUUAAGGAUUUAGUGAAAUCAAUGAGAGAUGGUGAAGCCAAGGUAAAAGCUGUCCAUGUACAAGGUGAGAAAACAAUACCACACACUGGUCACCAAGGUCAGAAUGCUAUCAAACGUGACCUUGAAGGUCUCACCCAGGAUUGGGAAGCCCUGGCAUCUAGAAUGGAUGACACACAAGAAAACUUAAUGCAUGCCCUCCAGGCAUUGACAGCAUAUGACGGGUCAUGUGACCAGCUUAACAAAUGGUUGAGAGAAUGUGAAACAACAAUCAAAGACAUUGACCUGAAGAGAACACUUGGUGAUAAACAAGGUCAGGUAGAGAAGUUGAAGAAGAUGCAACAGGAAGUGUUGGCAAGACAACGACACUUUGACGAGUUACAAGAUAUGGUUUCUCACAUGCAGGGUGCCGACUCUAGACUCGUCAAUUACAGCUCACAAUUACAUUCCAGAUAUGAACAUUUGAAAACAAACCUCAGAGAUUUGAUCAACCGUUGGCAAGACUAUGUAGGGGAGCACCAGAAUUACUCCACCAACUAUAGUGAAUGUGUAGAGUGGGUGCAAACUUUACAAAGACGUCAACAGGUAUGUGCAGAUGUUGCCGGGGACCGACAAGAUGUAGAAGACAGACUUACAAAAUUACAGGAACUUAUGGCAGAGAAAGAACAAGGUGCAACCAGGAUACAUAUUACAGUAGAAAGUGGAGAGAAGCUAUACCCUAGCACAGCUGCAGAGGGAAGGGAGAUAAUCAGACAGGAAUUAAGAUCUUUACGAGACCAAUGGGAGACUGUAUGUGACCAGCUAUCAGAGACCCAGCGUAAGUUGGAGUCUGAUUUAUUCCUGUGGUCAAAUUAUGAUGAGAACUAUGAACAGUUACAGAAAUGGCUGUUAGAUACAGAAGUUCAGUUAAAUGAAGACACUGACAUGAAAGCUACAUUACCAGACAAAAAAGCUCAACUACAAAAUCACAGGGUGUUGCAUCAAGACAUUAUGUCAAGACAGCAUAUCCUGGACAACCUAAAUGAGAAAGCCAUGUCUCUAUCACAAUCCUCACCUGUUGCCAAGGUGAACAAGUUUGUUGAUGAGGCAACUAAAAAAUAUGAUAAACUUUGUAACCAGUCUAAACAUAUGUUGGAGAAAUUUGAGGUAGCAGUCAAGGACCACCAGCAGUACCAGGAUGCAUAUCAGGACUGUGCUGAUUGGCUGAGCUCAUCACGUGACAAGGUGGAGGCAUGUGCUGACACAUCAGGAGAUCGUGUUUCCAUACAGAACAAGCUUGAGAGACUUAGGGAAUUUGCCAGUCAUGUUGGUGAUGGGGAGAAGAAGUUACAGCUCACACAUGAAAUGUGCCAGAAAACCUCAAAGAACUCUUCCAUGCCAGGAUGUGAAGUUCUUCGCAGGGAGAUGGAUCAUUUACAGUCAGAAUGGCAAGAUUAUGUAUCCAGAAUUAGACAGGCUGAAGAAGAUUUAGAACAUGCCAUGUUACAGUGGGGAGAUUUUGAGUCCAAAUUUGACGUCUGCUCACAAUGGCUGAAACACAUGGAACAACAAGUGAAAAAUUAUGAACUAAAAUCAACACUUGAAGACAAGAAGACCCAAGUGGAAAAAUUCAAGAAACAAAGAGAAGAGAUUUUAUCUCGGCAACCAGAUUUUGACAAAUUUACUGACGACGCCCAGAAUCUCAUGCACACAAGUGCAGAUGUACGUCUCAGCACGCAGGUAUCUCAGCUGACCAAUCGUUAUCGUGGCCUACUCACCUUGAUCAAGGAUCUGAUUGGCAAGUGGGACAAAUAUGUACAAGAUCACCACGCAUUUGACAACAGACAUUCAGAGUUCAAAAACUGGCUCAGUCAAGCUGAUGAAAAGUUGGAAUCUUGCCAACAACCAGCUGCCGAUCAGGAUACUAUGGAGGAAAAGAAAGCCAUGAUCCAGAUGAUGCUGGCAGAAAAAGAACAUGGUUUACAGAGAUUGAACUCAGCUGUUGAAGCUGGGGAGAAACUAUAUCCGGACACUGCUGCAGCUGGUCGUGAGAAAGUGCGACAAAGUUUACGCUCGGCUAAGGAAGACUGGGAGAGAUUAUUUAACACACUAAAUGACACUCAGCGACGUGUUGACAACUUCCUGUUACAAUGGUCAUCAUAUGCAGAAGGUCAAGACGCAUUAUUACGCUGGCUGAAUGACACGGAGGCCACCCUGAGGGCAGAUGUGGACUUGAAGAAUACCCUGCAAGAAAAGCGUAUGCAACUUCAAAAUCACAGGUCUUUGCUACAAGAUGUGGGUUCACAUCAGCGUAUUGUUGACUCUGUGGUAGAGAAGGCGCAGGGCGUUCUUCAGUCUACAUCUAACUCAGACGUGGCAUCCUUCAUCAAAAAUAUCAACUCCAGAUACGAGAAUCUUGCACAAACUGCAAAGGUACAGAUACAGAAGUCUGACAAGGCCGUGAAGGAUCACCAGGAACAUCAUGAUGCUCUACAGGCAGCUGUAGACUGGUUAACAUUGAUGAAAGAUAGACUGAGCACUUGCUCAGAUACUUCUGGUGACAGGCAUACCCUCCAGAAUAAACUAGACAGGGUCAAGGAGUUGAUGAGCUCUCUGCCAGAAGGUGAGGCAAAGAUUCGUGCUUGUGAACAAUGUACAGAGAGAGCCAUGGAAUCUACGGCCUUGAAGGGUCGUCAAAUGAUACAACAAGAACUUGAUGUUCUUAAACUGGACUGGGAAGAUUACAGUGUUAAACUGGCCUCGUUACAAGACAGUCUUGACAAGGCGGUACAUCACUGGGGUCAGUAUGAUGAUCAGUAUGGAAUCAUAUCACAAUGGAUCAAAGAAAUGGAAAGACGUAUCAAAGAAUUCCCUCUCAAAUCUACCCUGGAAGAAAAACAAGAACAGUUGAAAAAAUACCAGGGAAUGCAACGAGAUACUGAAGACUGGGAAGAUGUUAUUGUUGUGUUUUCACAAGUUGAAAAUGAUUUGAUGCAGGAAAUUAAGUCACGACAACGAGAGGUUGACCUAUUUUCUGAUGAGUCGCAGACAUUACAACAGUUGACUGGAGAGACACGUGUAACGUCGUCCAUAUCUCAGCUUACCACUAGAUACCAGGCACUACAACAAGCUGUCAAGGACAUACUGAAGAAAUGUGAACAGAAUGUUGCUGACCACAAGCAUUACAAGGAGAAGUCACGUGAUCUAGGUCAGUGGCUCACACGUGCCAAAGAAAAGUUUGCCAAUAAUGCUGAUACAACUGGUACCCGACAAGAACUAGAGGAGAGACAAGAAAGAAUAAAUGAGUUAAUCAGUGAGCGAGACACUGGCUUUGCUAAACUGAACCAGGCAAUUGAAGCUGGUGAGAAAUUAUAUCCUAACACAGCCACAGACGGACGUGAGAAGAUCCGCCAGGAAUUACGUCAACACAAACUUACAUGGGAGAGUCUGGCAGAUGAUCUGUCAUCAGCUCAACGUAAACUGGAAGUUGCUCUUGUACACUGGACAACAUUUGACGAGAGCUAUGGACAAGUUGAACAAUGGUUACGUGAUGCAGAAGUUCAACUUGAAGGUCAAACACCUCUAAGAUCCACUUUAGAGGAGAAGAAAUCUCAGCUACAGAACUUUAAAGUGUUACAUCAGGACGUACUAUCAUACCAGCGUGUUAUAGAUUCUGUAGAUGACAAGGCUAGAACCUUGGUACAGAGUAGCAGUGAUCCACAACUCUCCAACUUUGUCUCUCAGACUGGGGCUAGAUACACCAAACUCUGUAGUCUAGCUAAGGAGCGUGUAACACAGUAUGAAGGAUUUGUUGCUGACCAUCAGCAGUAUAACGAUGCAUACAACCAGUGUAUCGAGUGGCUCAACAGUAUACGAGAGAAACUAUCACUGUGUGCCGACAUUGCUGGUGACCGACACACCAUACAGAACAGGCUUGACAAGAUACAGGAUAUUCUUGCCACAAAGAUGGAGGGUGAACCUAAAGUUAAGAAUAUAGUAGCUCUAGCAGAGAAAGUUUUACCCAAUACAGCACCACAGGGUAAAGACAGUAUAGUGAGGGAAACAGAGGCAUUGAGGGCAGAUUGGGAGGCCUUUGUUACUGCUCUACAGAAGACAAAGAAAGACUUAGAGAGCUGUAUGGACCAGUGGAAGGAAUUUGACUCUUGGUUUGAGCGCUGCAGUAACUGGUUGAAGGAUGUUGAAACAAAAGUCAAGGACACAGAGCUUAAGGCCACACUGAAAGACAAACAAAACCAGCUUGACAGAUUGAGAAAGCUACAGGAAGAGUUGAACGCUAGACAGGGUGAUAUUGAUGCCCUUAGUGACUCCGCCCAGGACCUGGUCCGUAUCAGUACAGACACAAGAGUGAUCAGUCAGUCAUCACAGCUGGCUACUAAAUAUCAGACACUCAAAGUCAAUGUCAAGGAAUUAUGUCGUCGGUGGGAACAGUAUGUAUUAGAUCACCAGGCAUACGGUGGUUCGUUUGACCAGUGUAAGUCAUGGGUGGUGAGCAUGAGGAAGAAAUUACAGUCACAGAGUGAUGUGAAGGGAGACAGAAGGUCUGUUCAGGAACGUAUAGAAAAACUACAGGAUCUGAUGGCUGACAAGGAAGAAGGAAUGCACAUGCUACAGAUCGCCCUUGACAACCUACAGAUUGUCCUCCCGAACACGAAUGUUGCUGGUCGUGAUAAUAUGCGUAGAGAGAUGCAGACACUGCAGGCCGAAUAUGACGCCCUCUCUGCCGAUCUUAAUGAAACUAGGAACAAACUUGACGGUACCCUGUCACAGUGGACGGUGUAUGAUGAUAGUGUAGAACAGUUGAGAAGAUGGUUAAAUGACCUUGAGAACCAGAUUCGCACCGAGACACAGUUACAGAACACACUACAAGAGAAGAAACUACAGCUAGAGAGAAUUAAAGUUCUUCAACUGAAUAUUAACUCUCAGCAGUCAACUAUUGAUAACCUGAAUGAGAAAGCCCAGAAUUUACAGCAGAAAUCCAGCAGUGAUGCUGACCUCAAUGGUCAAAUCAGACAGAUUGUAGAGAAAUAUAACAGACUUUGUGGAGAUGCUAAGGAUCUUCAGUUGAACUGUGAGCAGUACAUGAAGAAUCAUCAGCAGUAUAGAGAUUCGUACAUGGACACAACAGAAUGGUUGAGUGCCACUGUUGACAAGAUGAAUGUAUGUAGUGAUGUACGAGGUGACAGGACUGCUAUAGAAGCUCAGUUACAGAAAGUCUUGGAUAUUCUUGGUACCUUGGAGGCAGGUCGUCAGAAGCUUGAUGAUACUCUAGCUCGGGGAGAUGCUGUAUUACCUGAAACAUCCAAUCAGGGACAAGAUCUGAUCAGGGAGGAGCUUAACAUGCUCACCAAUGACUUUGAACAGUUUGAUACUGACAUUAAUGAACUACAGUCUAAUCUGGAGAAGUUACGAGAUGAAUGGUAUACAUAUGAGGAGGAGUACGAUAAACUAAACCAGUGGAUAAAAGAUACCGAAACUGAGAUGAAAUCUGACUCGGAACUUAAAGCUACACUAGAGGAGAAGAACAUACAACUUGAGAGACAUAAUGCCCUUCAUGAGGAGGUGAGCAAUAAGCAGACGGACUUUGAUGGUCUCACUGAGCAUGCUCAGGUUCUGCUCCAAUCAACAACUGACAAUAGAGUGACAUCACAGCUUACACAGAUGAGCUCUAGAUAUACAACACUCAUAUCUAUGUCCAAGGAUUUCCUGAAGAGAUUCCACCAACAUGUUGAGGAUCAUCAGCAAUAUGCAGAAACAUUUACAGAGGCUGUGACGUGGUUACAGGGAUCACGAGACAAACUCUCAGUGUGUGCCGACACCUCUGGUGAUAAAUACACUAUACAGUCUCAACUAGAAAAAUUACAGGAGUUUACAGUUAUGAAAGAGGAAGGUCAGUUAUUGAUACAUACAGCCCAGUCAUGGGGAGAGAAAACCAUGAACAAUACAUCUGUAGAUGGCCGAGAAAUGAUCCGCCAGGAAUUACAACAACUACAACAAGAAUGGGAUGUCAUGAUUGGUGAAGUAACAGACACUAAGGUAAUGUUAGAAAGUUGCCUGCUACAAUGGACAGACUUUAAUGACAGCUACGAGCAAAUCCAGAAACGUCUGAGAGAGAUGGAGAAACGUCUACGAGGCAGUGACCCGAAGGUUGAUAUAGGGGAGAAAAAGGCUGAACUACAGAGAAUCAAGGGCAUCUACCAAGAUGUGGUAUCAUUUGAGCAGAUGGUAGAGUCUGCAGGUGUGAAAGCCCAGGAUCUGAUGCAGAAAAGUCCAGCCAGCAAGGCUUCCACGGACACCUCUCAGAUUAUCAACAAAUAUCACCAACUCAAAGAUCUUGCCAUGGAUAUGUUGGCUAGAGCAGAGAUGAAUGUUGCCCAGCACACAGCCUAUCAUGAUGCUUGUAACAACUUUGUUUCCUGGCUCCGAUAUGCUCGUGAAAAACUUGCCACAUGCUCUGAUACUUUUGGAGAGAAAUCAGCCAUUCAGGGCAAAAUUGAGAGAGCUGCGGCUUUAGUUGAAGGACUAAGUGAAGGUUCUCAGAGGUUAACUGAGGCUACGAAGGCAGGGGAGGGCACUCUUCCUAACACCUCACCAACUGGUCAGACUAAGAUACGACAGGAAAUUAAAUCUAUGAACAAAGAUUUUGAGGAGUUCCGUACAGAGCUGAUGUCAGCCCAGGAAGACCUUGAGGAAUGUCUGACAAGAUGGACACAGUUUGAGGAUGGCUAUCUCCACUUUAACAACUGGCUGAAGGAGACAGAAACUUAUCUCAGGUCAGAGCUUGAUUUCAAGGCCAACCUAGAGGAGAAAAAGAGACAUUGGGAACAAUAUCAGGCAUUUACUGAGGAGAUUCAGUAUAAACAAGCCGAGUUAGACCAGGUCAAUGAGAAAGCCCAAUCUUUACUACAAACUAAUGCUGAUGCCAAAACCUCACAUGCUAUAACACAGCUUACAACCCGCUACCAGGGUGUUAUUGCUCUAUCUAAGGAUAUUGUGAAGAACCUAGCCAAUUAUUAUAAUAACCAUCUGCAUUACAAAGAUGCUCAUACUGAGUUCAUUAAUUGGCUGUCAGAAACUAAGCUCCGCCUCCAGACUAUUCAUAGAACUGCAGGGUCUAAAGAAGACAUUGGUUCUAAACUUCAGAAUAUGACUGAAAUGCAAGUAGCCAUGGAUCACGGUCACAACUACCUUAGACAUGUGCUUGAAUGCUCAGAGAAAACUUUACCCAACACAAACACUCGUGGUUGUCAGGUGAUCAGACACGAGUGUGAGACAGCCAAAUCAGAGUAUGAGAACUUGCUCACUGACACAUCACAAGCCAAGCGUGGUCUUGAGUCAGCACUGACACAAUGGGGUGACUUUGAUCGCUCAUUUGAACAGUUCCAUGUGUGGUUGUCAGCCAUGGAGUCAAAGAUAAAUGCUGAUCCAGCUUAUAAAACUGAUCUUCCUGAGAAAAGAUCAAGUCUUGAAAAAUACAAGGCUCUUCAAGCUGAUUGUUUGGCUCAUCGUGAACUGUUGGAGCGAUUGGAAGAAAAGGCUGCCAAUGUGAAUGAUGCCCAUCCUCAGUCACGUGUCCUUGACCUCAGGUCACGGUAUGCUGGUGUUACCGCAGCAAUAAAGGAACUUGUAGCCAAACUUGAUAGUCAAGUAUCUAGUCAUGAGGAAUAUCGUAAGUCAUAUAUUGGCUGCCUUGACUGGAUGGCCAACACACGACAUCGUCUACAGAGACUCAGUGACUUCUCCGGUGACAGGAGAACCCUACAAGAUAGACUCCAACAACUCAAGGAGUUUAAAGGUGAAAUGCGUCAAGGUCAGGACAUGGUGAACAAUGCCACUCAGCUUGGCGAGCGUGUAUGCCACACAACAGCUCCUCGUGGUCAAGAUGCUAUCCACAAGGAGAUACAAACAUUGAAAGAUGAUUGGUCAAGUUUCUCUGCUGCAGUGAAUGAGGUAGAGUCGAACCUAGAGGUGUGUAUAGGUAACUGGGUGGAGAUGGAUGACGCCCUGUCAGGAUUCACACACUGGAUGGAGAAGAUGGAGAGACAGAUGAAGAACUUGAAUGAUAGUAAAUCUGACAGCUCCAGAAAAGAGAGGCUAUUCAAAGAGGCAGAGGACUUGUUGGGUGAGAUAGUAAGCAAGAAAUCCUCUCUGGAACUAGUGAGGGAGAAAGGUGAAGCUGUUGCCCAGCGUAGCACGGAUCCUAGACUCUCCAACAAUAUGAUGCAGCUAGCAACCAGAUACCAAGCUCUUGUCUCUGGUGCCAAGACCCUAGUGUCUAACCUGAGUGAGAAUGCUAGAGAUCACAAGGAAUACAACGAUGCUUUCCAUGCAGCAACAAAAUGGUUAGCUAACAUGGAGGAACGUGUACAGGAAUGUAAUGAUACAGCUGGUGACUGGCAUACUCUACAAGAUAGGAUGGAUGCUAUCAAGAGUAUCACAGCUGGUAUGGAUGAAGGGUUACAGAAAGUAAAUCGUGUGUGUGAUCUUGCUGAGAGAAUACUUCCGAACACGUCGUCCGAGGGUAAACGUCUUAUAGAACAACAAGUCACAGAACUAACUAAUGAAUGGGAGAAACUUAAUAUGUCUAUUACAGACUGUAAUGCCAUGCUAGAGGGUGUACAAGAACGAUGGAAUGACUAUGAGGAAUAUUAUGGCAGCCUGGUUAAAUGGCUGGCCGACAUGGAGAAUACACUAGGCAUGGACCCAGAACCAAAAGCCACCCUGGUGGAAAAGAAAACACAACUAGACAAAUACAAGUUAAUGAUGAGUGAUAUAGAGAAUCAUCAGAGAAUGGUGAAUGAGUUGGCCGAACGAGUCGCUAACCUGGAGGCCCUCAGUGAGAACCCAGAAAUUACAGACUCAUUACAAGAUGUACAGAAUAGAUAUGACAGAGUUCGCUCUCGUUGUAGGGAGCUGUUGAAUAAGUUGGACCGCAGUUACCAGGAACAUCUUGGUUUCCACGAGGCUCAACAGGAGAGUGAGAAAUGGUUGCUACAGACCUCAUUCCGUUUAAUGAAUCAUAACUCAUUGAACUGUAGUACCAUGGAACUGACCAACAGACAGCUGGAGAAACAUAGGAUAUUGCUCAGAGAAAUAGAGGAGUAUCGCUCUGUCCUUGACAGAGUUAACCUGAAAGGACGUAGACUUAUUGACAACAAUGCCCGGACACCAAGGCUUGCAGAACAAAUGCAAGACCAAUUACAAAACCUUGAAGAGAGUUACAUAAACUUGCAGAAAACAGCAGAACAAAUACGAGAUCGUCUAAAUGAUGUCCUGAAACGUUGGCAGGAAUAUCGGGGUCACCUUGAGUCCACUGAUCGGUUCUUGAAGGAGGAAUUCCCUCAUUGGUUGAAGGAGACUGACAGUGACAUUCCAGACAGUAAAAAUGAUGCCCAGAGGAAAGUUGAGGGAGUUAAGGGAAUGAUGGACAGACUGUCCACAAUGAGACAGGAUAUUGAUAACUGUGCACAGCGAUGUGAGAACCUUGGCAGUGUGGAGAACUUGGACGAGGCAGAUCUACCAGAAAAUACACCUAUAUAUAACCUGGCUGAACAAGUCAACACUGAUCUUCAACAAGCAACAGGCGAGGUUGAGCGUCGCUUGACUCAGCUACGUGACAAUAUGCAACAAUGGGAUGCUGUUGAUAGAAUGAGAGUUGACUUGAGAGCCUGGCUUCAUGACAUGCAAGAAGAGGUAGAUGACCUUGAGAAACAACCAUCGAAACUCCAUGCAGAAGCAUGUGAAGUUGAUAUUGGCAAGCUUCAAGGUAUCCGAGAAGAGGUUCAAGCCAGAGGUCCGGCUGUUGAAGGCCUGUUAGCUCGAUAUAGAGAACUGACUGAACAUAAUCCAGACCUGCAAGACCCAGUUGUCGUAGCUGUCAAGGAAGACUGGGAAGAAUUGCUAGGACAAAUUGAGAACCUGAUAGAAGAUAGAGAACAAGCACUACAAGCAGCAAAGGAGCUUCAAGCCCGAGAAAAUGAAAUGGAUGAUGAUCUUGAGAACUAUAUCAAUGCCCUUGAGAAGAUUGAAUCAGCUGAUGUAGCAACUGUGCAGAAAUCUGCAAUGAUGAAGACUAGAAAGCCAUGCAGAUCCACACAAACUCCACGGGGCUCAGCUAAGAAUCCAAAUCGAAGUUUUCUGACUGGCGACUCUGAUGGUGAUAGUGAUGAUGAUCAUAAAUUCCUCUUUCCACCACGCCCACCAGGAAGUCGCUACUCUAGCAACACAUCUUUAAAGAGAAAACGAGGUCCAGGGGGGCCACGCAGCCCAUCUAGACAAAGUCGAGGCAGUCGUCCAAAUAGCAGAUUUGACAAUUUGAAAAAAUCUGCAUCUGGUGCUGCACUUGAAUCGGACAGUGAAGAAUCUGGUUAUGGUGAAACUUACUAUACUAUGCAUGCUUCGAGUUUUGACAAUGUUUUAGAUAAUUCAGUUUUUGGAGAACCAACACCUAACACAAUGAGGGGCACACCUAUUGGACUUGAAAACCAAAUAUUCUCUGAUGGAGAAUCUACUGUCAGUUAUUUAUCUACUCACGCUUUUGGGGCAAAUCCAGAAGAUUUGCGAGAUGCUAUGUCCCAGACUCCCGGACAUACCAGCACCCAAACACCCGCUGAGAUGUGGAAGAAAAGUAAACCACGUGGAAUGCAAACUCAAACAGGAUCAAACACAUCACUUCAUUCAAUCGGAAAUCAGACCAGAAGGUCAAGUGGAGCGCGAGCUGAUCUUUUACGUAACAUUCUGUUUGAAGUUAAAGGUUUGAAACAGCAGCGUGGUUUAGACACUAGUAGUUACAAUGGAACUGAUGAUGAUACUAAUUCUGUGAGAAGUGACACUACUAUAAAGAAGGAAACAUUACAGCAUGUACUUCAUGACAUGCGUGAGUUACGUGAAGCUGAUGCUACAGGCACUGCUGCCACACAAACAGUUCACGAAGAAGGAACACAAACAUCAAUGAAAUUAUUCCCAGAGGGUGAUCCAAUACGAAAUGCUAGACUUGAGAAAUUUAAGAACAUAAUGGAUGAUGUAAAGGAUAUGAAAGGUAGUCGUCCUGGCACUCCAGCAUCUAGGUCUAGAGCAAGCACAAGAAGUGAAACUCCGGUGAGCAGACCUAGGGCAAGAACUCCAUCAAGGAUGAAUACCACCAUGGAGGCACCAAUACAGAAUGGUUUCCAUCCAGCAUAUUCUCAAAACUUAAACAUGACAGCGCCACCUAUUAUGAUGAAUCCACCAAUGCAACCACCACCAUUCAUAGCAGGUAGGAGAAUGGUAACACAAGAUGAUUUGAAUGGCAUAAGCCAGCGUUUAGAACGACUUCAAGGAUAUGCGGCACCGAGACGACCUACACCACCUCCUCCUCCACCUCAGCCACAAUAUGUUGUACCUGUCUACGCAGUUCCACCCACAUCUCGACGCAGAGCUCCUCGGGAGGAUGCGUAUUUAUCAGAUGAAAGUGAAUAUGGAGAAGCUGAACCCCCUCGCAGACGCCGUAUUAACCCUGCCAUUGCAAAUGCCCUUGAAGAGGCUUCAAGGUCUGCUCUUCAACUGAAGAGAAUGUCAAAGCGUAUGAGAGACUCUCUCAGGGAUGAUAUGCAGUAUGAUUUCUUGUGAUACAGUUGAGAAAAUAACUCCUGAUUCACCAAAAUAACGCAACUAACUGAUAAUUUGCCAUAUUGUGACAUUGUGAUCGAAGAUGAAAAGAACUAAGAUGAAAGUUAGGAUAGACUUUUGUUUUAUUCUAUAAACAUUAGUGUUUAAAAGAAAUUACUGUGAUACAAAUGAAAGUUAUAAACAUUGAUCUUGAGGCAUUUAUGUACAUCCAUGGAAUUUAUUUUGUUAUUUCAUUCUUUAUUUGUUAAGUUUGUUUGCAUGUUGAGGAUUUUGCAUGUAUUUGUUAUUGAAUGCAUUGUGAAUAAGGGCUGUUAUAUUGUAGAAAUGAUAAGCAUAUUUGAUCAUUUAAUUGUUCUUACAGCAUUCCUAUUUGAUAUUUUAGUUUGCUAUUCUAUUUUAAUCAGAACUGUGAUGUUUAUUAUGCCUGUGAUAAUUUGGAAUGAUUUGUCCACAACUUUUUUUGUAUUUUUGGUUAUUACUAAAGUAUUUUACAUAUAUAAAAGAGAAUAUUUGUAUAUCAAAGUUAAUUUAUUUAAGAGUAUACUAUAAGGGGACUGUCCAUGACACAGAGAUCUCUUUAUUCAGAUGCUAAAUUGAGAUUAUAAUAAAAAAAAGUUAUAAUGAAAUAAAAAAAUAAUCUUGUGUAUCCAAACAUGUAACAACAAUUAUUUUGAUUAAGAAACAAAAAACAAACAAUAUAUUGAUAAUAUUUUUUGUCCAAGUAUAUUAUAAUUCAUGAAAAUUCAUCUUGAGGAUAUAUUUAACAAAGAUUGUCUGCUGGAAGUACUUGUAUACUUGAAGUUAGAGAUAUAUUGAGUUUCAUUUAGAGCAUAACGCUGCCAAGCCAUAUUGCAUUUGUUGAUAAUAAGGUGCUUUAACAUAAGAACCUCGGUUUAAUAUUAUCAUUUCUAGUUGUUACCCUCCAUUCAUUAUACACAUUGAUAUUUGUAUUAAAAGUGAUAUUUAUAUUUAAAAUUGCAAAUUGUGUGGAGAUAUAAAAGGGAGAAAACUUGUAUCUAUUAUUUGUUUUCAUGAGUGCAGGUCAGUUUGUAUUUUUAGUUCUUUAACGUCUUUAAUAAUAUUUAACACAUCAAAAAGAUUUAGGAAUUUCAAGAUUUGAUCAUCGACACCAUAACUUUGAAUAAAAAAUGCAUAAUUAUAAAUGAGGAGGAAUGUUACUUAAUAUUUAAAAAAGAAAAAAAGUUACAUUCUUCAAUAUGUGAUAUUUUUCCUCUGCGUAUUGUGUGAUACUUGACAUGAUAUCAACACUUCCUCCUUUGUGUCUUCUAUUUUGUACAUGUUUUUACACAGUAUACAUGAUCAGUUUUAGUCAUUUAUUUAUGAUAGAUUUUUUUUAUUGAUGUAUACAUUUAUAUCAUACAUUAUGUGUUUUAAUUAAUCAUGUGAUUUGGUCACAUGACUGUUGCUCCGCCUCCCAGUGACAUCCCCCAGGAAUCUUGUCAGGGAAGGAGUUUUAGUGAUGUAUAUUUAAUGUGAUAGAGUUUAGGGUACCGAUGAGUAUUUAGAUUAUUUAUAUAUGUUUGAAAUAUAACUCUUAGAGAUGAUGUUGUAUUUUAGCUAAGUCAGUAUUGAAACAAAAGUAUCCUAGUUAAAUUUAAAGUAUUUUAGUUGUUUGAUUUUUAUAGCUUUUAUAAUCUAUGUUUGGGUUCCGUCCAGAUAUUUUUUAUGACUUGAGUACAGUGUUUUCUAACAAGUUUUCUUCAAACUGUUAUGUCAGAUUUAGGCUGUUAGUCAGUUUUGGGCCAGAAACUUGAUUCUUUGGUUUGAAUUUUGACAUAAAGUUUGUGUGUAUUUUUACAGUAUAUUUAUACUAAAAUAAACUAUUAUUCAGUUUGUUUUUUUCUACAAUUUGUUGAAUUUGUGUGCUUUAUAUAAAGACACUGUGAUUCAUUUUAGUAUGACUCCGUAUUUAUACAAUAAAUAUAUACUAUAAAAACA